GGUCGCUGGCCGGCCGGUGGGGCUCGUUGCUGUGGUGAUGGCCGCGGUGGGGAUCCAGGCCUUGCUGUUCGACUUGGACAACACGCUGAUCGACACGAGUGGGGCCAGCAGGCGAGCGGAGCGGCAGGUUAAAGAUUUAUUGAAGUCACAAUAUGGUUAUGAAGAAUCUGCUGCAAACCUUGUCAUUGAGAAGUUUAAUACCAAAUUGCAGAUGGAGAAUUUUGAUUGUGCCACAGGAGUAAAUGUUGAUGAGGAGCGGAUAUUACUUCUUGAAAUGGCUCUGCAAGAAACAGACGGUCUUGACCCAGAUCAUGGUUUGGCUACUAAAUGUUACUUCCUGUGGAAAACCACAAGGCUCCAACAUAUCCACAUCCCAGAGGAAGUGAAGUCCAUGCUGAAGAGCCUGCGCCAGUCCUACAAGCUGCUUCUAUUAACUAACGGCAGCUCCAUGGUCCAAAGAGAGAAGAUUAAUGUUUGUGACUGCCAGCAGUACUUUGACACAAUAGUAAUAGGGGGUGAAUACCAGGAGCAGAAACCAGCUCUCUCUAUAUUCCAGAAAUGCUUUCAGCUGCUAGGAGUGAAGCCAGAGGCCUGCAUGAUGAUUGGUGAUAAUCUAGAGACUGACAUUAAAGGCGGUGUGAAUGCUGGUCUUGGUACAACUGUCUGGAUAAACAAUACUAAUCUAAAAUGUGAAGAUGGUGCCAUGCCUGACUACACUGUGAAAUCUGUACUAGAGGUUAUGGAUAUUUUAGGGAAAAAGGUCGUCUAAAAUUUAACUGAAAAUGAUCUUCUGUUGGUAUUUAUUUUAAUGAAAAUGCUUAUGAGCUUCAAAUUAGGGUAGGGGGAUGGGCUUAAAUUUUUUUAAAUUAUUUUUCAAAAAGUCCUAACAAUGUCAUGGUUCAAUGGUCAAAGAUAUUGUAAGGGAUUGGGGUUUUAUUAAGUUAGUUGUGGAAAAUUUACAAAUAUUAAAUCCAUGGGAUAUUUCUUUUAUCAAGUCAAGUCUGUUAAUGAUAGUUUAAAAAAUAGCAUCAACAAAAUGUAACAAAAGGAAACCAGCUUAUUUUUACUAAAACACUUAGCUAAUAUGAAAUUUUUAAUGGAAAAGUGAGUAUAGUAUCUAAAAGGGAUUAUUACAUUUCAGUUCGUUUUUAAAAGUAGAUGACAUUUACAUUCCUACUGAUUAAUUAUCAUUGUACUGUAUCAUAAAUGAAAUGUGGAUCUUAUAUUAAAAUGGACAAUGCACUAAUUUUUCAGUUUGUCUAGAAAUCAUUUGAGGUAAAGAACAGCCAGAUUAGUGUUUGUUAUUGUUAGAUUUCUGGAUUCAGUCUCCAUUUCCAGAACACAAGAUGUCUCACUUUACUGAGCAACUGGAAACCUCAAUCAGCUAUCAAACCUUGACCUACUGUUUUAACAUGCACCUUUUCUAAUGCUGCUUGCCCUUGUCACACCUAGCAAAUGUCUAAUCAUGAUGUACAUUAAAAUAGUCAUGAGAUGAUGCAAAUAAUGUGCCUGAAACAAAGUUUUUCAUUAUUUUCAUCACUUUCACUCAGACAAUUAAAAUAAUUCCUUCAUCACUUUCACCCCAGCACUAGCUGCUGUGUUCAGGCCUUAAGAGUUGAAAUAAUUCAUCUGAACUUCUCCACAUCUCUCCUUAAAAGUUACCUUGUUACUAUUAUCCUUUUACCUCAUCCUUUACCUUAAUAUUCCUGUGAAGCACCUUGAUAUGAUUUUCCUACAUUAGGUGCUUCAUAAAUAAAAGUCGUACAGGUAGUUCUGCUAUAACACAAUGCAAAUUUGAUAUAACACAACUGAUGAAUUACACAGGUCAAAUUGGUUAUAAUGCAAUUUCAGUUGGGAACUAGAGCACUAUUUAAGAGUUACUUUGAAAACUGACAAAAACGAAUGUUAGGGGGGAGGUAGUCUUUGAGAAAAAAACCUGUUUAUGUGUAACCUCCCUAGAGUAAUCAGACACCACCAUCUCUUAAGACUACAGGCUGCUAGUUUCAC